AUGUACUUUAUAAUUCAAGAUUAUCCUAAAAAUAUUUUAAUUAGAGUAUAUUUAGAAUAAAAUUUAUUUAAAUAUGAUUAAUUCUUAUAUUUUCAUUAAACUCCAUAGAUUAAUAUUAUUAUUGGAACUCUUAAUAAAGUGUUUUUAUAAAAUUUUAAUUAAUUAUAUCAAAAUGUAUUUAAAGAAUAUUCAGAUUGUUUAGUACCUGUUACUUAUGAAUAUUAAAUCAAAUAAUUAAAAUUUUAAUUUAGAAAAAGUAGAGAUUUUCAUAAGAAUUAUUCUCAUUUAUCCAUACUUGUUCAUCAUAGUAAUAAAAUUGAUCAAGAUAUUUUAAAAAAUAAAAAUCCUUUAAUGAUAUUUAGUUAUGAAAUUGCAGUACAAUCUAUGAUUUCAAUAAUUAUAAUUUAGAUUUGA